GGAAGAAAUGAGGGACAGCAUGAGCGACUGGCCAGUAUCGGUACCGGUACCGAGCAGUCUGGUAUCUGUACCCUACCGUAUAGCUGGUACCGUUUACUUGAGACCCAGUGUAAGGGCAACAUGCAACAGUGCGUCACCGCCCGCGUCCUUCCUCCCCUAAUCCUCUCAGCAUUAGAAUGUCCCGUCCAGCUUCAUUUCCGCGCGGUACCCCAACACCUAACACGACGCUUGCCUCUCUCUCGAUCCCUCCGGUCAGGCCACGAGGAAGUGCUGCUGCUUGGAAACAAUCUCAGCUCAGAUCAGUAAACUUGCUGGUGUGGAAGCUGUCGGGUGCAGUAAUGGCUUUCUUGGGCUCCGCUAUAUUUGUCAUUGAACAGGGAACUCAGUGUGUCGGUGGUUUGUUCAGUGAGCAGCCUUCCUCCUCGGAUGCCAGACAGCUCGUCCCUUGACACUUGCCUCAGGACCUCUCUUUGCGUGUUCGUAGUGUGGGCUCAAGAGAAGGUGGCUGACGUUGCUGCCGCCCUGAGUCACGCCUUCCUCGGAUAGCAAAGUGAGAGCGGGACUCGCCAAUGAAUCAGAGGCUACACGUGGCCUCACUGUUGGUAACGCAUUAAAACUCCUGUCGGUGCAACAGACUUCCGGGAAAACAUCCGGAUUGCCCUGCCGGAGCUUGCCGUUGACGGACCUCUUGGUUCCUAGUGCAGCCAUGCUGCCUGAAGCCUCCUCAGGUGCUGCUGUACCGAGCUUCACCCUGGUUGCUGCCGACCGAUGACAAUAAUUGCAAUGCUGGGGUUGAUUUUGCUGAUGGUGAGGUCUUGGCCUGGCCUGAGGUCCGUUUGUGGUGACGUCAGCGCCUCCCCCACCAGCCAUGUGCCCCACCAAGCAGUCCCAGACCCCCAGCCCCGGCCCCCCCAGCAGCGAGGAGGGGGCGGCGGAGGGGGACACAGGGGGCGGAGGUGACGCCCACGACGAGGAUAAAACAAAGACGGGGCAGCGCGGGGGCAGGAGCGGCGCCCUCCAGCCCGUGGAAGAGACCAGCGAUGAAGACGUUGGGUGUCUGUCCCGGGUCAGCGGCAGCCUCACCCUGAGCCUGGAGGACUUCUUCGAGCAGCACGGGCGGCGGGUGGCGGCGUGGCCCGGGGUGGUGGUCCUCUGCUGCCUGGCCCUCACCUUCCUCAGCGCCGCCGGCUUUCUCUUCUUCACCAAGGAGCUGCGGCCCUUCAGGCUGUGGCUGCCUCAGGAGUCUGAGUUCAUCAAGGUGUUGGACUGGCAGGUGCACAACUUCCCCUCGAACUACCGCCGCCACCUGGCCGUGUGGGAGGCCGAUAACGUGCUGGAGGCGGAGGUGGUGCAGGAGAUGUGGCGCCUCCACGUCCGUGUGUCCGUAGUCACCGCGGGACCCAACCACACCACCUGGCCGCAGCUAUGUGCCCGCGUGCCCACCAUGCCCGGCUCUGAUCCUGCCCCCGAUGACUAUGACUACGAGGACUUCGACUACGGCGUGCUGGGCGGCAGGCGGCGGCGGCGGCAGGCCGGGCAGGUUGGGGUGCCCGUGCCUAGGGAGGACCUGAGCCUGAGUCUGCCGCGGGAGCAGUACUGUGACUCACUGAGUAUGCUGCCCAAGGCGUGCCUGGAGACGGGGCUACUGGAGGUGUGGGGCCACGACGAGGAGGCCAUCAUGGCCCUCACGGACCAGCAGGUGAUCGAUGACGUGAACGCGGCGCACCUGAGCCUGGUGUUCGGCUACCAGUUCAACGUGACCCGCUACCUCGGCAGCGUCACUCGCAACGCCUCGGGUCAUGUAGUAGCCGCCGCCGCCGCCACGCAGGUGUGGGUGAGCGCGUUGGACCAGGCGGCGGUGGCAGCGGGGGAGGUGGUGGUGGACCAGGGUAACGGCGAACUGGUUGACGCGGCGGGGUUCGCGUGGGAGCAGGCGUGGGUGGAGACGGUGCUGAACACCUCCGCACGCCUCCCCGCCGGUGUGAGGGUGUUCGCCCAGGCCGCCAGCAGCUUCGGUAAGGUGAGUGAUGACAACAUUUGGGGCGACGUGAAGUGGCUGGUGGUGGGCAUGGUGGCCAUGAGUGUGUUCGUGAACGGCACGCUGGGUCGCAGGAACCUCGUGCAGCAGCGGCCGCUUCUCGCCGGCCUGGGGCUGCUGAGCGUGUACCAGGCCGUCGUCAUCUCUUACGGCCUUUGCUCCCUGCUUGGGGUGCCCUACUGCCCCGUGAACUCCAUCCUUCCCAUCCUACUACUGGGCCUUGGCGUGGAUGACAUGUUCGUCAUCAUGGCAGCGUGGGAGGCGGAGGGCGGCAAGGACUUGUCUCGACGAGCGGGCCGCGCCAUGCGUCACGCCGGCGUGGCCAUCACCGUCACCUCCCUCACAGAUGUCACCGCCUUCGCAGUGGGUGCCACCACGGCCUUGCCUGCCCUUCGCUCCUUUUGCCUGUAUGCCUCGGUGGGCAUCCUGUCAGUGUACGUGAUGCAGGCCACAUUUUUCCUGGCGUGGCUAGUGAAGGAUGAGCAGCGGCUUGAGGCCAACAAGAAUGGUCUGCUGUGGUGCGUCACUCACCAUGACUGGUCACCACGCCCCUGCAGCCAGUGGGACCUGCUGGCCGCCACCUUCAGGCAGUGGAGCCGCCUGUUGCUCAGCACUCCAUGCCGCGUGUUUGUGCUGUUCUUCUCAGGCGGCUUGCUGGCCUGCUCUGCCUGGGCCUCCACCAACCUACAUCAGGAGUUUGACCCGUCUUGGUUCAUCCCUAGCUCAUCGUACCUCUAUGACACUUUUCGCGUCACCGGCCUCCACUUCCCUGAGGCCGGUGAGCAGGGUUACGUCUACUUCGCCAACGUCAGUCUGCCGGAGGACUUGCCGGAGCUGAACCGCUUCGUGGACGCCCUGGUGGAGAGCCAAGUGGUGACGGAGGUGAACGCUUGGUUUACAACCCUCAUGGAUUACAUGGCCAUGCAGUCCAAGUUUGACAACACCACCCUCACCUACGCCGUCCUGCAGGACACCCUCUCACUCUUCCUUCAGUCCUCCUCCGGCGCAUCCUACCGCCAGGACUUUACUAUUGACGGAGCUCUGGACUGCCGCCGCCCCGCCCCGCCCAUCAUCUCUUUCAGGAUCGGUAUCACCCACCGGCCGGCUCAGUCUCCGGCAGCCCAGGCGGCGGCGCUCAGCACCAUCCAGUCCCUGGUGUCGGCCGUGCCCGUUGGCGGCUACCGCGCGGCGUGGGCACAGGCCUACUGCAUCUGGGAGACCAACCAGGUGGUGGGCACCGAGCUACUGCGCAACGUGCUGGCGGCGGGCGUGGUGGUGGGCGUGGUGACGCUGGUGCUGCUGGCCUCGGCCCCCGCCGCCCUGCUGGUGCUGGCCGCCGUGGCCGCCACCGUGACCGGCGUGACGGGCGUCAUGUGGGCGUGGGGUCUCACCAUCGACACCGUCUCCUGCAUCGCUAUCGUGCUCUCCAUUGGCCUCAGCGUCGAUUAUGCAGCGCACGUGGCCCACGCCUUCCUGGCGGCGCGCCAGGCUGGCGGCCGCAAGGCACGGGCGCGAGCAGCCCUGGAGGGUGUGGGUCCGGCGGUGCUGCUGGGCGGCCUCUCCACCAUGCUGUCCUUCGUGGUGCUCGUUGCCUCCACCUCCCACGUGUUCAUCACCUUCUUCAAGGUGUUCACGGCGGCCAGUGCUUUUGGCCUCUACUACGGCCUUGUCCUCCUGCCUGUCAUCCUUUCCUUCAUCGGGCCCCCCGCCUACCCAGCCCCGGCCUGCCCCGACAAAGGAGCUGCCCACCACCACACCAACGACGCCUUCACUCCCGACACGCCGAGUGACCGCGCAGUGUCGCACGCGUAGCGGCUGAGGCAGCCCCACUGUGCCAGACUUAGUGACCUACCAGCAGGGCACUCCGGGUGAUUCUGGAAGCAUCGACUGUUGACGGGUGUGUGAGGGUUUUGUGGUUCCACCUCGAGCUCCGUGAGGCAGCGUAACGCAUGGCCUAGUGAUGAAUGAACAGCUUACGUGUGAGAAAACUGCGCUGACUUACUCAUCGCGAGUGCAUUCUUUUUACCCUGUAAUGGUCUCGUUAUGGAGAUCAAGAAGUACAAAUAGUUGAUAAAAUGUUUUAAUACUCAAUGUUCUAGUGGCCUCUCGUCACAUACAUCGCCCAAACCAUGUCACAGACUGUCAGGCAGCAGAGGAUGCACCUGACUGGCUCGCGGGCCGGAGGUGCAGCAGCUGACAGCCUCGUCGCGGCACAGGUGUACUACACACGUGCCCUGCCACGCCCCGGCCGGUGUGCGGGCUGGCGAGUGUUUCUGUUGUGUUCCGUUACCUCAGGCGACACACCAUUGGCAACCGUUUCUUUUCAGUACAGAAUCUUUAUUGGCUCCAUCACCCCAGUAUGUUUUUUUUUGUUUUUUUUUAAGAAAAGUAAAUCAUAACUGCAUGUUUUUACAGUUUAUCCACAAGGGUUAUUAAAAUAUAAAAGAUCGAUUUCAAUCUCCAUAGGGCAUGUUCGAUUUUGUAAUAACUACUGUAAGUUUUAUACACUGCCACUCAUUAUGGAACACGGUGGAUAAAAAAAAAAAAAAAACUCUUGUCAAACCUUCGAAACUGCCUCUUUUUGCCAGUGAAGAAAGUGCAAGACAAUAAAAUAAGUUGGACGUCGCUGAGAUGGAGAUAUUUAGAUGGAGGUGUAGUAUAACAAAAAUGUACGGAAUUAGGAAUGGACCAUGAGCGGAACAACGAAGGUAAUGGAGAUACCAAAGAAGGUAAGGAAAAAAUGACUCCUUGAUAUGACAACCUGAUGAAGAGACAAUGUAGGGAGGAGAGUACAGGGAGGUACAGGGCAGGGAGGAGAAGGGGAGGAAGACCAGAGCUAAGGUGGAUGGAUUACGUAGAUUUGAGUUAUAAAAAAUCUGUCAGAGAA